ACUUGGCGUCCGACUGGCAAACGGAGCGCUCCUGUUGUUGCAUUCAAUUUUUCAUUCAUGCGAUGUAUUGAUGUGUUUGUUUGUUUGUUUAUUUACUUACUUCAAUUUUGAAAGCUCGAGUGAACUUUUAAAUUGGAAUUGCAUUAGUUUCGAUAAAACCGGAUUCGUCUCUCAAUGGACAAUUGGCAUAAAAACGCGGAAUAAUAGAGUGGCAGCCGCAAUAAGUCAUACGAAGCCGGUCUGUUUACAUGUAAUCCCACCCGGAAUGUUAGUUCUUCAUAGUUUAUGUAAACAGUAUUCUUCGCGAGUGUUUUUAAUAGAAAUGAACUUGCUGAAAAGUUACCGGCAAACUUUCUGGAAAUAGUACAUCCAUUAUACGGAACCUUGAAAGUAUCUGUCUGCAUACAUCACAAUGUGUAUCCACCUGUAAGUGAUUCUCUGUGGAAUUACAUCAGAGUCCUUGAGAAGAAGAAGAGAAGAAAAUGCUCAAUUUUCACAUUGGCACGGGACCAAAAAAACGUACUAAUUCGAAACAAUGAGGUCAUACACUCUUCUCGAAUCGCCAACUCAAAACGCUGAUUCUUUUUCUGGAAGAGAGUCCAGAAAAAUUAUGGUGAAUCGAGAAGAUCGUGAACUUUUUCAUUCCACCAGUUCUAAAUUUAAUAGUCCAAUUGAAAUACUUGGAAAUUCCGGGAGUCAUAUCGAUAUAGGUUUAUUUCCAGUCGUCUCUCAAGCCUCAAGGACCUAAUACCUGACUCUCCAGAGGUUUCAAGUGGUCUCUCAUGAGAUCAGAAACAGUAAUCAGCAUUGAUAAACAAGUGGCCGUCGUAAUCUGAUAUUGAUGUAAUGUUGAAAACUAUUAAAAAUGCAAUCGUCCAGAUGGCUAACAGGGAUAUCGUUAGUGUUCGCGAUUUUUAUGCAUAUAAAUACAACUACUGGGAAGACAUCGAGGACUUUAAAGGCAGUGAAACUGACUGGUGGUUAUAUGGAAAUUGUGGAAGAGGAGGUGUGUUCAAAUGCCCUACUGCGACUUACCUGUCGCUCGCUUCGAGCUUUCAUCUUUGUUCUCCAGGCAGAGUACCAUCGGAAGACUACAAACGCAUGUGAACAUUCAGUGAAAGCCUAUAAACGUGCGGCUGAGUGGUACGACUAUAACUCAAGGAUACGUAAAACUGUAACUAUUGAACUCAGGGGUAACUACAUUAAAGAUGAGGAUGACGAGAGUGGUCCAGUAGUAGAUCUCCGGAAAUCUUUCAAUAGAAAAUGUUCCGGCCACCACCACUGCCGAUUCACGGUUGCUGAGGAUCAUCCAGGGGGAGUUGAUUGGCCAACUGCUGAUCUGCAGCUCAAAUAUGCCUGCAUACCCGAAGAUGCAGUACGACGAUACUGCAACACAGAAGUGAGGAUAAACCACGGUGAGGCUGGGUACAUAAAAUCGCCGGGUUAUCCUCUCUACUAUCCCGGUGAAUAUUCCUGCGGUUGGGCCUUCAAAACCGUCCCAGGCCAAAAAGUUUUACUCCACUUUCAUGACUUCAACAUUCGCAGCCCUGAGUCUGAUGGCAACUGCGCCGAUCUCAUCCGAAUUCAAGACAGUGGAAAUACGAUAUUCGAGUCAUGUGGCACCCGCAUCGGCACUCGAAUUGUGUCGAAUUCCAAUCAGGUGACUUUGGAUCUCAUAUCAUCAUCCAGGCUCUACCCCGCACGGGGAUUUCUAUUGCAAUACGAAGCUGUUGGAUGCCCCGAGACCCUGGCGCCUAAUGGAAGUUUCGUUGCGAAUGAUACUGCCGAAAUGAGGACCUUCCAAUGUCACACCGGCAACAUUUUUCCAGACACAAAGAUGCCCACGAAGACGGUAAAAUGUAAUCGAGGGCAUUGGAACGAGAGCAUCGAGCAUUUACCAAAUUGCGUUGCUUCUUCUGCAACGAUUCUAAAGGCAGAAUCGGAAAAUAAUCGGCUGUCAAGCCUCUCAGGGGACAACACACCUGGUACAGGGGUGAGAAUAGGACGUGGGGAGAGCGCAGACUCAACAUUCAACAUGGACCCAGCAGCACCAGCCAUGAUCAAACAGACCGACUACGUGAUAGAUGUAUUAUUACCUACGAUCCUCAUGGCGUUACUAUUCGUGGGCAACGCCGUUAUCGUUUAUCUCAUAUUCCAGUACCGAAAAAGAAAAAUACCAGCGGCAGGUGAACGAGAGGAGAUGAGAGAGCUGUCUGAUGUCCCACAAGUUUGACCAUGAUUUCAAACAAAUAUACAAAUAUAUAUUUUAGCUCUAAGUCGAAUGAAAAAGAUGGAAGUUUAAUGGCCUAUUGCGAAGGUUCAUUGCAGUGAGAUGAAUGAACAAUUAAAAUGACUCGAAUUAUGCAAAUUUAGUAUCGAUACAGAAUUGACAAGUUCCUUUGAAAGUUCUACGGCUAUAAAGUGUAAACAUGGGGGUUAUAAAACUCGAGUGAAGUCUGAUGAGUUGCAAUACUCCUUGUAAAAAAAAUAUUCAAAAAUACUGCAUUAACGAGAAUGCAAAACGGAUUCGUCCUGCGAUAAGUCGAAAGACAAUUCAUCGCAUUUACAAAAAUUUCCGCGCAUCUAUCAACAUAAUGAUACAAGAAAAAAAUGAUUUUUACUUACCCAGUCGUGAGAGGAAUACAUGAGUCGUUGCUUUACCAUCGAAUGAACAUUCUCCAAUUGCCAUGUAUAAAUAUUUUGUAUGUACAUUACAAAAAGAAUAUAACGUGUAUUAUA